CAUCCCCAACGAACCCAACAAUAAUGCUCCACUACUCUCGCCUACAAUUAGCGACAAUCGUAGCAGUUCCGAUCGUUUCAAUAAUCUUAAUAUGGACCGUAGUAAUUUUCUACAAAAACCGAAAAAACUGGAGAUGUUUCGACACGGCAAUCGUCGCGAUAAUCGUUCAAAGUAUAUUCCGAAACGUUUCGAUAAUCGUUUAUACCGUUUUACAAAUGAUCGAGCAAAGUGCAAUUCGGUUCGAAUAUUGCACGGUAUUCGUGUGGAUAUUCAAUUCGAUUCACACGUUCCAAGCGAGCACCUUAUCCACUUUAGCGGUAAUCGCAUUAUUCUCGAUCCGAUUAUACCGGAAGCGUGAGCGAUUAAAAAAUUAUUUAACCGUGGCCCAUAUGGUUUAUCAUCUUUUUUGUUUAACCACUUUGUGUGCUUGCGUCGGGGUCGCUGCGAUCUUAGCCAAGCAAAAAUCGAAAGAAUUCGCCACGAUUUCGUUCGAUUUUUUCCCCCUAAAUCUUUGUAAGUUUAUGCCGUACGAGAUGGAUGUUAAAUAUAACGUUUUUAUAAUCACUUUGCAUUCGUUUUUGGCGUUUAUUUCGUUGGUCGCUUUCGUGUUGACGUGUUAUAAUUUUUACGCUUGCAAGAAAGACGUGGGGUUUGAGUAUGUUAAGAAAUCGAAUUCGGAUUUGAGCGAGUUAAGUUUGGCGUCGCAACAAGGUGGUUAUCCGAGGCAUUAUUUGGAGGUUUAUAAAAACGAUCAUCGGCAAUCGGAUGAUUUUCGAAGCUCGGAAGGUCAUCGUCUUCACCAUCAACAGUUACAGCAAUUACAACAGCAGCAGUUACAUUGGAAUAGUGAUACUUCGAAUAUUUCAACGACUGUUAGCUCGACGAAUAGUCGAAGGCCGUGUUUGGGAAGAAAAAUUAAUAAUGAGGACGAAGUGGAAAGUGUGGGAUUGGAGACUAUUUUACCGAUUUUAACUGUUUGUUAUCUAUUCAACCAUGUACCUGUGAUAGUUUUGUGUUUAUUUCCUUGGUUCAUAUCGCCAUGGAGUGUAGCAACCGCUGCACUUUGCCUCGGGCUGCUUCAGGACAUCUUGGUGCCUUUGAGUCUUGGUUUGGUCGAUACCAGAUUUUGUCAGUGGGUCUCAAACGUUUAUCGCUGUUCAAACCGGGAGAAGCUCAACGAAAAAUUACCCCAAGUGGGUUUAGAUGGAAAAUUUCGCCCCUUUGGGGGCCACCACCACCCAGAAAUCCCCCAACAAUCAGAAAUCAUCAUCGAAUCCUCCAACAACGAAAUCCACCACCGUCAACAUCACCACCACCAACAAAAAUCAACCCAAUUGAAUCAAGAACCGAAAUUUCCCAUCACAAAUGGUUCUUUGUACACAAGUAUUGAUGGAAGGGUUCCAAUUAUCCAUAAUUAUCGGAGACACAAAGGAUCGAGGAACUUAGAAAGUAGUCAUUUAAUUAAUUUGGGGGUCCACGCGACUUAUUUGAGGCAACAAGAGCUUCAAAAACCACAUCAAAUUGAGGCGAUUAAUCAGUUGGAGUAUUCAUGUUCGAGUUGUGAUGAUCAAAGUAAAGGAGAAAUGGUUCAAAUUGGGGUUAAAAGUCAUCAAAAAGGUAUCCAAAAUAAUAAUAGUAAUCAAAAAAGAGUUAGUUUGAGUCAAAACGGUUUAAAUCGUUAUGGGAUGGCUUCAAUUGAUGGGGAUAAAAAGGUGUUUAAUCACCACCAAUUAAGAUUAUCGAAAAGUGAGGAUAGUUUGGAAGAUUUCGAGAAACGAAACUUUGUGGUGAGAGAAGAUUUCGAAAGGAAAAUCCUCCUCCCUUUCAAUAAAAUCGAGAAAUUAAGCGAAGAAAUCGAUUCGGAUGAAGAUUCCUUUUCGGAUAGCAUUAACAUCAAUAAAACAAGCAAUUUCGAUUCUGAUUCAAGUACGAGCUCGUUUUCGAUAACAACAGAAGCAAACGGAGAUUUUGAUUUCUAUGAAAUCCGCCCAAAAAGCCCCCAAUUAGAUUUUAUAACUUCGCAUGGCCACGAAACUUUCGAAUAUUUACGAGAUAGAGAAGAGAUUUUUAAUAAUCAAAUCAUCUUGAAAACGUUCAAACCAAAUCAUAACCAAAAAGAUUUAUUAACUUCAAAAUCGAAUCACAAAGAUGUUACCAUAAAUUCCUCCUCGGAUUGUUGUUCGAAAAGUGCCAAAUUCGACGUGAACCGUAACUUUAAAAUAACAAGAUCGAAUUCGAAACGAUCGUUGGAAAAUUUUCGUGCUUUUAUUGAUAGUGAUUAUGUGACGACGAAUAACGAUGUUCAACAACGGUCUUAUUCGUAUUUGUGUUUGGAUGAGACGAGUGGAGGGGUGGGGUUUUUGAAUUUGGGGAAAGUGAACGGGUUGAAACCGGAAGCGACUUGGUCCGGGUUGGAUUUGGCGCAGAAGGAGUCGUUUGUGAGAUGCGUUUCUGGGGCCGGGGGGAGUGUACCCGAUUUAAAGAAGAUUUUUAUUUCUGAUUAUCUAUAAAUAUAAAUGAAAUUAAAAAAAUUUUAAAAGAGAAAUUUCGUGAUUUUUGAAUGAUGUAGAAAAUGAUUAAACCCAAAGAAAAUGAUUUUUUUUAUUUAAUUUAAUGUAAAUAUUGUAAUAUAGAUUUUUUCGUUUCGA